ACACCGGAAGUGAUGUUUCUCUGCCGCUUUCAUUGUGUUGUUGAGGUUUUCAUCGUUGUAACAUUUAAUUUAUAAUGAUGUAUUUGUAAGUACUUUGAUGUUAUAGUAAUAAAACAAUUAUUAGUUUCAUCCCCUCGCGUGUUGUGGGAGCGCGGUUGUGCGCAUGCGUGGGUCCGGUGAGCUAAAUGAACUGAGGCGACUGAACACAGAGUAGAAAUUCAGAAAUUCAGAGUUGAAUAAUUGAGUUAUCGGUGUAGAAAUGAGUUUGGCGAACAGCAGAGAACAGCGCAGCACUGCGGGAAACCGCAUGUCUAAGCUGCUGGACGCAGAAGAAGAGGAUGAGUUUUACAAGACCACAUACGGAGGAUUCAAUGACGAGUCUGGCGAUGACGAGUACCACGGCGAUCACUCGGACACGGAGGAUGAGGUGGACAGCGACUUCGACAUCGAUGAGGGAGACGAACCUGACAGCGGACAGGAGGAGGACGCACCGAAGAGGAAGAGCCGCGUCGUCACCAAAGCAUACAAGGAGCCGCUGAAGGUCUCCAAGCCCAAAGUGAAGCGAGUGGCUGAAGAAUUAAAGCCAGAGCGGCCCAGAGUCGAGCGACGCAUCGUUCGGGAUGAGCUGCAGGAUUUAGGAGACAUUCGUAAGUCGGUGCGCAAGUCGACGAGUGAACACACACGCAAGACGAACGAGCGUCUGCAGGAGCGCCAGCAGGAGGCGCCGCGCAAGAGGAAAGGAGCGCAGAGCGAACGCGUGCUGACACAGGACGAGCUGCUGGAUGAAGCCAAACUCACCGCCGAGAGCAACCUGCGCUCACUGGAAAACUAUGAGCGUCUGGAGGCAGAUAAGAAGAAGCAGGUUCAUAAGAAGAGGCGGUUUGAGGGUCCGAUGAUCCGCUAUCACUCAGUGCUGAUGCCACUGCUGCCUGACACACACUUGAAGGAGGAGAACGUCGACGUGGAGGGGCUGGACCAGGACACACCCCAGGCCACGCCCACCUCCUCCUCCUCCACACAGGGGGCGGGGUCUCUGUGCUCGAGGACUUACAUCACCUUUAGUGAUGAUGAGGCGUUUAGCUCUGCCUUCCCGCCGGCGGCUCGCUGUAGCCCCACCCACCCAGUGCAGGAGGUGUGUCCUGUGACCCAUAAACCUGCCCUGUACCGCGACCCUGUGACGGACAUCCCAUACGCAAACGCCAGAGCCUUCAGGAUCAUCAGAGAAGCCUAUCAGAAAUACAUCGCCGCUCACGGAUUCCCCAACGCUUCCGGAAGCUUCAGCGCUAACACUGAUGCUAGCGAUUCACCAGCUAAUCCAAAGAGCGCACGACCAAAAGCUGUGCUCAAGCAGAGCGCCGCCGCCACUUAAAGACACAGUUCACCCAAACAUCAACAUUCACACACUGUUUACUCUCCCUUUAAACCUUUAUGAGCGUCUGUUGAAGAAUGCUGGAAACUGGUAACCAUUGACUUCCAUUGUAGGUAAAACAAAUGGAAGUGAAUGGUUACAGGCUUUCAGCAUUCUUCAAAAUAUCUUCUUUUGUGUUCAACAGAAGAAAUAACCUUAUAAAGUUAUUAAUUAUUAAAUUAAUAA